ACUGAGAGCAGCGAGCGGCCCCGAAGACGAGAUCCACCUGCAGCAGCAGCAGCGGCCGCGCUUUCGCCCUGCACUUGUUCGGCCGCCCAUGAGGUGGACAAGGAGUUGAAAAGUUUUCAAGCUUUCGUGUCCGCCGAUCACAAUCUCGCGUCCCGAUGCUGCACCUGGUCGCGCUGAUGACGCUGCUGGCGGCCAGUCCUCUGCACUCGGCCGACGUCUUCACCAACUCGUUCCUCGUCAGACUCAACGCCGACCACGGCCAACAGGCGGCCAGAGACGUCGCCCACAGGGCCGGCUUCGAGAGUUGGGGACCGGUGUUGGGCUCGAGUCGCGACUUCCACUUUGUGCACCGCGCCCUUCCGCACGCGCGGUCCAAGCGCAGCGUGCCGCACACCCGCAGGUUAAAGGCCGACCCGAUGGUGGAGUUCGCCGUUCAGCAAACAGGGUUCAGGCGGGUGAAGCGCGGCUACAACCCCCUGAGGGUGGAAAACUUGGUCAAGCUGCAGCCGCACGACGACCCCACAGACCCUUACUUUCCCUUCCAGUGGUACCUGAAAAACACGGGCCAGAACGGGGGCAAGCCGAAGCUGGAUUUGAACGUGGAGGCUGCCUGGGCCCAAGGCGUGACCGGCAAGAAUGUGACGACGGCCAUUAUGGACGACGGAGUGGACUACAUGCAUCCCGAUCUCAAAUUUAAUUACAACGCGCGCGCCAGCUACGACUUCAGCAGCAACGACCCCUUCCCCUACCCCAGAUACACCGACGACUGGUUCAACAGCCAUGGAACGAGAUGUGCUGGUGAAGUUGCUGCGGCGAGAGACAACGAAGUCUGCGGCGUCGGCGUCGCUUACGACUCAAAAAUCGCUGGGAUCCGCAUGCUGGACCAGCCGUACAUGACUGACCUGAUCGAGGCCAACUCGAUGGGCCACGAGCCCAACCUGAUCGACAUCUACAGCGCUUCCUGGGGUCCCACGGACGACGGCAAAACUGUCGACGGACCCCGAAACGCCACCAUGAGGGCCAUCGUCAGAGGCGUCAACGAGGGACGCAACGGGCUGGGCAACAUUUACGUGUGGGCGAGCGGCGACGGGGGCGAGGACGACGACUGCAACUGCGAUGGCUACGCCGCCUCCAUGUGGACAAUCUCGAUCAACUCGGCCAUCAACGACGGACAAAACGCGCACUACGACGAAAGCUGCUCUUCCACCCUCGCCUCCACCUUCAGCAACGGCGCCAAGGAUCCCAACACUGGAGUUGCCACCACGGACUUGUACGGAAAAUGCACAACGACCCAUUCGGGCACUUCGGCCGCCGCUCCCGAGGCCGCCGGCGUCUUCGCUCUUGCCCUCGAGGCAAAUGCGCAACUGAGCUGGCGCGACAUUCAGCACCUGACCGUGCUGACGUCGAAGCGCAACUCGCUGUACGACGCCAAGAGCCGCUUCCACUGGACGAUGAACGGCGUCGGCCUCGAGUUCAACCACCUGUUCGGCUUCGGCGUGCUGGACGCCGGCGCCAUGGUCGCCCUGUCCAAGCAGUGGAAGACCGUCCCGGCCAGGUACCACUGCGAGGCCGGCAGCAUCAUGCGAACUCAAGCGAUUCCGAGCAGCAAGUCUGUGGUGAUGAAAAUCGAGACGAACGCGUGCGCGGGCAGCGACACUCAGGUGAGCUACCUGGAGCACGUGCAGGCCGUCAUCACCCUGAACUCGACUCGUCGGGGCGACGUUGAGAUCUUCCUCACCUCGCCCAUGGGAACAAAGUCCAUGAUUUUGAGCAGGAGGCCCAACGACGACGACGCUCACGACGGAUUCACAAAGUGGCCCUUCAUGACCACGCACACCUGGGGCGAGUACCCGCAGGGUGUCUGGACACUGGAGGUGCGGUUCAACUCGCAGGUGGUGCAGAGCGGCUUCAUCAAGGAGUGGACCCUGAUGCUGCACGGCACCAGGGACGCCCCGUACAGCGAUUUGCCCGUUUCCGACCCGCACUCGAAGCUGGCCCUGGUCAAGAAGGCGCACGAGGAGAGGAAGAAGAUUUAAAAGCGCGCGCGGCCCCUGCAUCUCCGCAACACUAUUUACACAAUCGGCUGUUCCUUUUCUUGAGAUCUCUCUCGAAUUCCAAGUAUUUUCAAAACGAAAAAAGAGAAAUUUCUACGAUUUAGAGCCAUUCAGAGCUGGAAAUCUGCUCUAAAUUCAAAUCGGAUCAUUAAAAGUUAUUUUGUCUCUCUCUCUAGUCACUGAAGUUGAAGAAACGGAAGGUUGCAUAAAAAAACACGCAUUUUUACGUUUGUAGCUCAAAACUCAAUUCACAAUUUCAUAUUUGUUGAGUGGGCGAAUUUCGAUCAGCCACUAAUUCCGACUUGAACUUUUUCGUCACUGCGCAUUAUACAAUUAUUACGGCACACGCCGAGCAUUAACCAAUCUCAAGGUGGAAAGAGUGGGAAAAUUGAAUGCAAUCAAAAGAUUUUCCGAAUCUCACCAAAACAUAGAAUUUUUUUUGUUAAAUUGUGAGAAUCAAUAAUUUGAACCACGACGCGCUCGUUCCACCUUGAAGAAGCCCUUUUGUUGCAAGUGCGACGUGCAUUCCGUUCUCAUUCUUGUUAUUGCUCUCGACAAAGCAAGGAAAAUGAUAUCCUGCUCCAUAUAUUCGAUCCCUUUGUGUACAUUUGUUGUAUAUCAAACUCGGCAUUAUUUAUAUAGCAAGAUGUAGCGCAUCUCUCCGCACUUGUAAGGACAAACUUAUUCAUUCCAUGUGAAGAAGAGUUGAAAAGCAGAAUUAUUUUCUCACUCUCUUUCUCGGCACGUUGUUCCUUCUUAUAUUAUAUUAUUUUGGUACGAUAUGUGAUGUCUAAAAGUAAAAUUACACAAACUAUACCCAUCCUGAGAAAACUUGUUCAUGUCUUAUUAAUAACAUAUAAAAAUAAAUAUUUCAAAACUCGCGCGCCAUAUUUAACCAAUAGAGCGGAGAGCAAGUAGAAUUUUGGACGCAAUCUUCAAAUCUGCGUCCAGAUAUUAAAUUUUCCAGAGCGUUCCUUUCUCUUAAUUCCGUCGCAUUGCAAAUUGAAAAUAAUCGAGUUAAUUGAAAAGAAUCGAUUGUAAUUGGGUCCAAGUUUGAGGAGCGCUCCUGCCUCUUAAUUUCCGCCAUAAUAAAGUUGAGAAUCCUGCAUUUUAUUAAAUUAAAUUUAUAAUUCCGCGCGACAAUUAUUAACAAGAAGUGCAGAUUCAUUAAAUUAAAAAAACUCGAUGUGCAAACCUGUGUAGACACGACGCGCUCUCUCUGCUGACGAUAGAUCGAAAUGCGAUUAUAUAUUUGAUUAUUGUAAAUAAUCUCUCUCUCUCUCUCUUGUAAACUCUUUCAUUCAAAUUGACCACGAACGAACCUACAUGCAAUUAUUUUUAUGAUAUUGAUCAAUAAAAGAUAAAAAAUAAUCUGGACUUACACACACGUACGAAUUUGAGGAUUUACCAAAAAUUGAUAUGAAAAUUCUUGAAAACUUAUAUACUUGUAAUUUUUAAUUCACGUUAUUUUUAUCAAUCAGUGCAAAUAUGAUAUACAAUGAAAAUAAAGAUAAUUAAU